AUGCAGGUGUGUUUUCUUCUCCUCCUCAUACAGCUUCAUGUCACUGAAGGCUGCAGACUUGAUGGAUACAGAGAGACAAAACCCAUCACUGCAGACACAGGAGACUCAGUACUGCUGCCCUGCUCCUGCACUGACCUCCACACCACGCCUGGGACAUUCACAUGGGAGAAAUACAUAACAAAUAAAUGGGUAGAGAUAUCUCCUGAGAGUGAUCAGUACAAAGAGAGAUUUCAGCUGGUUAGUGAUCACUCUUCAGGAAAUCUCUCUCUGCUCAUAUCACACCUGACUGUAGAGGAUGGAGGAUGGUACAAGUGUAGUGUUGAAGGUGGUGAAAACAGAGACGUCAGCCUCACUGUUAAAGGUUGCCUGCAGAAACAGACAGUGUAUGUGACUGGAUACGUGGGACAGUCUGUCCUUCUGCCCUGCUCCUGCUCUCAACUACAAGCCAAACCACACACUCUCAGAUGGAUCUUUUAUAAAGGAUCUGAUUAUAAAGAAAUCUUCCCAAAGGACCAGACAAAUCUCUACACACACAGAGUUCAGCUCAUUAAUGAUCAUCAUCCAGGAAAUCUCUCUCUACUCAUAUCACACCUGACUGUAGAGGAUGGAGGAUAUUACAGGUGUCACAUCAGCAACAAUGACUAUAAAGAAGUCUCAGUCACAGUUAAAGAGGCCACAAGAAGACUUUUAACACCCAGACCAAAGACCAAACCCACUUCCACAGCAGUUCUUGUAGACGUCACACCUACAAAACCAACCCUGGUGGUCAAGGACAAAAUCAUUCCACAGCCUGAAACCUGUAAUAAAGAGUCUCUUCCCUUUGUUCCCUUCGCUGCAAUGACGGUGAUUUUUCUGCACAUCAUCAUAGCUGUGGUCUAUUACAGAACCAGAAAUAAAGGUCCUGAUCGAGCUCAUUACAGCAGAACUGAUGGAGAUGGAACAGUGAGUCUGCAGUAGAGAAGAACAUUAUAAGAUACACAUUUAACAGCAGUUGACAAGCCUACACACCUGAUUAACAGAGCAGAUAGAUAUUUAAACUGGAUUAACAGACCGUAUAGUAUACUUUAAGUUUUAUUAUUAAGUAUACUUAUUAAGUAUACUUCUCUUCGUACCUGAUGACCGAUGGAUUUAAUUUUUCAAAUAAGAUCAUCAAAGUCGAGAAAAAGGCUUUUGCUUGAUUUCCAUUCUGAAAUAAGAAAAACAUUUUUUUUAAUUUUCAUUAACCUUUUUUUCAGGUAAUCAGGUAAAGUUCACAUUGUUUGGUAGAAGUUUCCAUUUAAAUACAUGAUUAAAAAUAUGAAAUGCAUGAAUAAGGUUUUAUUGCCCCAUCAUUAAUCAGAUGUUUAUCUGCAAGUUACCUGGUUUGGUAACUAUUUAACAUGCAUCAAUGUUAUACUACAUCUCCACUAGAACUGUUCAUGUUGUUCAUGUGCAGUUUGUGUUGUUCCGUCAUGUUUUCUUUGUUGGAUAAUAGUUUAUAUUUUUGUCCUUCUUUAGCGUAUGUAUAUAUGAUCAUCCAA